GUCCCACAAUGCCCUGCUCUGCCGGAGAACUUCCUGUGUCUCCAACAGCUGGAGGAGAGGGAAUGUGGAGCCUGUGCCGGGAGAACCUACCAUGAUCAUCCGGGGCCAAACAUCUAUCAUGGAUAAGAACAAAAUGAAUGAGAGCAUCCUGAGCCUCACCCUGGAGAUCAUCUACCUGCUGACCGGAGAGGAUUACACUGUGGUAAAGAAUACCUCGAAAAAUUAUGUGACCCCCGGAACAUGUGCCAAUGCAUCAGGGGGAUUGAGCUGGAACCAGGAGCUGCCAUCACAAUCAUAUGAAAGAAACAAUGUCCAAAAGCUCCUGGAUCUCGCCUGUAAGAUAGUGGAGCUUCUGACAGCAGAGGUUCCUAUAAGGUGUCAGGAUGUGGCGGUCUAUUUCUCCAUGGAGGAGUGGGAGUAUGUAGAAGGACACAAGGAUCUGUACCAGGACAUUAUGGAAGACCCCCGGCCCCUCACACCUUCAGCUGGAUUUGGAAAUGAAGAACAUAAAGAACAGAACACAUCCGCACCAUCACCGAACUACCGAAAACAUAAGGAUGGGGACAAUAAUGGGCACCUUGUCCAUCAUACCAUGUGUGAAUCUUCUAAUUUCUUGGAAGAAUCAUGUAAUAAAGGAAACUUCACAAAUCCCAUCAAUCAAACACAACCAUAUCCAUUAACUUAUAUAAAGGAGGAACCAGUCUCCAAUGAUGGAAAACCCAUCACGGAACCCAACGUUUAUCCACCCACAGAUCAUACCCAACAAGAUACAACUACAAUUAUCAAGGAGGAAUCGGCCUCAAGUGACGGAGGAAACCUCACACAGUAUUGGAUGCAUCCUAUUAAGAAAGAACUAGAUCUGAGUGAUGGUGGAACAGCCAUGGACCCCAACAUUUACACACCCACGCAUUAUACACAACAUCCAACUAUUAAAAGGGAACCAUUGUCAUGUGAUGAAGAUAUCGCAAAAAACAACGCUUGUACUUCCAUAAACCAUAUACAGUAUCUAUCCCCUUAUAUUAAGGAGGAACCCCUCUCAUGUGAUGAGGUUCUCACAGAAUCACACAGUUAUAGACCCUCAGAUCAUACACAACAUCAGAAUACUUGUAUCCAGGAGGAACCAGUCCUAUAUGAUGGAGGAAACCUCAAAGACUCCUGUGUAUAUACACCCACAGAUCAUACCCAGAAUAUACGUCUUCCUAGUAACAAAGAACCAGGAAAUGGUGGAGUCCUCAUAGACCUUAACGACUAUACUCAACAUCCAACUACUCCUAUUAAGGAGAAAAUGGUCUCUUGUCACAGAGAAAACCCAAUAGACCAUGACAGUCAUACACCCUCAGAUCACAGACAACCACAUCCAACUACUCAUAUUAAGGAGAAAUAUGGCAACGACAUUACAGACACCAACAGUGACCAUUACAUAGAUCUGACCCAGAAUCUGGUUCCUCAUGUUGAGAAGGAGUCGGCUUCUAGUAACAGAGAAAGUCUUGUGGAAAUGGACAUUCAGGCAACUGUAGAUGGAUCUACUUACUUACUCAACAAACCUAUCCCAAUAGACCAUAUACAUCAUUCAUCUACGGAGGAACCAGUGUUGGGCAAAGAGCCAUCAUUACAAAAACAUAAAUGUUCUUCACCCGAGGAACCAGAAGCCAAAGACGGUAAGAAAAGGAAGAAAGAAGUAGAACAGAACUACAUGGAUUUAACACUAAGGAGCGAAAAAUUUAACUGCACCGUUAAGCAGGCAACAAAUUAUUUUCAGAUUCUCUAUAACUGUCCCGAAUGCCCGGCGUGUUUCCCCAGCAAUGUGGAACUGGCCAAGCACCAGCUCAACCACACAAGGAGAUUGCCUUUCAUAUGUUCCUUAUGUGGCAGAUGUUUUGGGAGAAAAUCUGAACUUGUUGUACACCAGGUAUUUCAUGGAAGUGACACGAACGCAUCCACGCAUGGUACCCAGAUGGACGCUCAUGGGAACGUAGAUGGGACAGAACAACCUCGACCUCCCCAGGUAAACCAUAACCUGGACUCCUAUGAUGGAGAACGCUUCACAACCCCUGACUAUGCUAUACCCUCAGAUCACACACAACCCUAUCCAUCAUCAACGGAACCGGCCUUGGAAGAAAGGUCAUCGUUACAGAAACCAGAAUCUUCUUCACUAGAGAACAAAGAUGUUGGCAAUAAAAGUAAGAAACAACCAGAAAAGAACAAUAGCAAAAUAAGAGUAAGUAGCCAAAAAUAUUUCUGCACCAUUCACCACACAACCGAUUCAAUCGAGAUUCUCUAUAACUGCCCCGAAUGUCCGGAAAUCUUCACUAGCAACCUCGACCUUGCCAAGCACCAGAUCAUCCACGCCGGGGGACUGUCUAUUAUAUGUGCCGUAUGCGGUGUGAGUUUUGGGAGAAAAUCGGAUCUUCUCAUACACCAGAUAACACAUGGGGGCAGUAAUAAUCUGCCUCGAAAAAACUCAAAAUCCUCGAAAACCACUGCCCUGUUGGAAUGUGGUAAAACAUUUCUGAAUCAACAAACAAAAGCUUGUCUGGGUCAUGGAAAAACCACGACGUUGAAAGAUCAUUCAAGUGUCCAGAACGUGGUGGUACAAUCGAGAGGAAAACCUGUCGAGCAAUUCAUGAGAACGCAAGACCACUGCUGACUGUGACCUUUCCAGAAGUGAAGAUAAAUUAAAGGGGUACUCUGCCCCUAGACAUCUUAUUCCCUAUCCAAAGGCUGGGAACCCCUGCGAUCUCUCCUGCAGCCCCCCCCCCCCCCCCAGUCAUCUGCUGCACGGAGUGAAGUUUGCUCCGUGGCUGAUGACUUUCGCCCCCUCAAUGCAAGUCUAUGCCUGCCACGCCCCCUCCCAUAGACUUGCAUUUAGGGGGCAGGGCGUGACAUUACGAGUGGGCGCACCGUGCAGCAGAUAACAGAGAUCGCGCGGGGGGUCCUACCAGCGGGACCCCUGCUAUCAUGCAUCUUAUCCUCUAUCCUUUGGAUAGGGGAUAAGAUGUCUAGGGGCGGAGUACUCCUUUAAGUGAAUUGAAGAAGGUCAAGGAGCUUUCAUAUGUUUUUGUGGGGGAGAUACCUGACUAAGACCCCAUAACCGGUUCAAAUGUUCUCGUGGUGGAGAUACCUGGCGAAGACCCCGUAACCGGUUUCAAUGUUGUAUGUAUUCUUAUUUUUGUGAGGAAUAAAGGAUUUUCUAUUUUUUUAUUUUUUAUGUUGAAGCCCAGAUGACUGUGGUUUCUUACAUAUAUUAGACAUCUGUUGGUAGAGCGUCUGCCCGGCAGAGUGGAGCCCCCUAAGCUUUAGGUGAAACAAUUGAUAUUUGAAAACCUAUUUUUGUUUCUUCUGCUCUAAUAUUGACGAUGUUCAGAGUGUGGUCACCAGUCUAUGGAUAGAAAGUGUGGGGAACACUUCUCUUGUUCUAAACAGACAUUACAGAACCCACACCCACAGGGAGCCUUUCAGGCAGAUUGCUCGAAUAUCCUUGGACCAUAAUAUUUUUCAAAAAGUGGAAGAAUACGAUUAAUCCUGUUGUAAGGGUCACGGCAGGUGGUGGAUCCUUUGGGCCUGUGUGGAUGAGGAAGUGAGCUGUGCCAGGGAGCGGAGUCUAAGGUGCCGCUGGUUUUCACCAGAGACCGCCGCAAAGCGGGAUGGUCUUGCUGCGACAGGCGGCACCCAGGUCGCUACCCCUGGCACGACUUGUCCACACAGGUAGCUGGGAUGAAGCGUGGUAAAGAUGGAUAAGGACAAAACUGAGUCAGGAUAGCUGAAGGUCAGGGCAGGCGGCACAGUAGCAGGGUCUGGUCACGGAACAAGGAUCAGGUACAUGGAUAACCAGGAACACAGGAGACACAGUAGCUUUCUCUCAGGCACAAAGGCAACAAAGAUCCUACACAGGGCAGGGGGAGGUGCACACACUUAUAGGGAAGAAACAGGUGAAGACACUAAGGUGUACUGGCCCUUUAAAUCACAGAGCUCCGGCGCAUGCGCCCUAGGAGGCGGGGGGACUUGCGCUGGGACUGAGAACAAAGGAAGACCAGGGAGGUGAGUGAUGGGCUGGAAUUCGCAUGUGGGUGCAUCCCGGUGAUGCAAAUCCCAGCCCCGCCAGCAGCGUUUCUGGCCGGACCGCUGAAGUUACACCUGUUCUUGUUACAAAUGAUGGCCUAUCCAGGUAUGCGGAGGUCUGGAUCUUGACUGCCCUAUCAAUCAGCUGUUUAAAAGGGCCAUGACAUGGGUGGGGAUUGGGUGAAUUGGACACAGCUGUAGGGCCUAGCCAUUAAAGUACAGUAGAGCUGCCCAGUACAAACAGAUGUAGUCUAUUCAACAACUCUUCAUCUGGAAGAUGCCAAGAGUCCGAACCAAAAUGAUCCAGCACCAAUGGCCUUUACUGAGCAUCGGACAUUAAUUUUAAAAUCUUGGAAAACCCCUUCAGGUUUUAAUGUUCCAUUUGUGUGACCUUUAAAGAAAGUCUCCUUUUUAUUAUCCACAAUGUCAGAUCUUACCACUCCCCACCAGCCGGGCCUGGAAUCUAGGCUUUAGGUGCAGUUCCUUUCCUUAAGAUAUGACAUUCCAGGAGAGAUCAGGGCACCAGUCCCAUCAUGUGUCCCACUGGGUACAUUGGACCUAAGCGGCUAUUUUACCAGGGUGGCAACAUGAUGCCACAGAGCUUUUUAUUUUCUUAUAUAUUAUUAUUAUUAUUUUAACUCUUUUCUAAUCAGCUUGCACUAUAGGUGGCUUUUGCCCAACACAACCACCCAUAGUACAACAAUGUUAUGAGGAGGCGGAGCAUCACCUCCUUGGAGUGUUAAAGGGGUAGUCCAGUGGUGAAGGAUAGGGGAUA